CCGUCACUCAAGGUCCCAUCCCCACAGUCCAAUUUAUUCACCCUUGCCCACCAAACACUGCCGCGCUACUUUGUAGUAUGUCGAUAUAUAACUAUUUGCCCCCAUCCCGCCUCUCCCUCGGCUGGGGCGAUCUGGGAACAGAUGAAGUCCUCGACGGUCUUGUCUCUGUGAUGGCCAAGCUUUAGAUCAGCUUCAUAUUUCCAUUUGCUCUUUGUAUAUACCACUUUGUCCCGUCCACGACUGUACAUGCUUCUACGGCACAACGCCAGGACCAAAUAACCACACAACCAACCUAUCCCCAUACCCAUCUCUCACUGAUUCACCAUGGCGCCGGCUACUACUACAUCCGCCCAAGGUGGCAUGUUUCACACGUUCCAGGGAGUCACCCCUCGGAAACCAGCUUCAGAACAGCAACCAGAGAACCCAAAAUCCAGCAGUGCCUCCGCGGCAAAGAGGAUCACAACGCCCCACGCGUGUGCCGAGUGCAAGCGCCGUAAGAUUCGAUGCGAUGGCCAACAACCUUGUGGCCAAUGUCUGUCCAGCCGUGCCCCUAAGCGUUGCUUCUACGACAAGCAUCGCCAACGCGUGAUUCCAUCACGCAAAACCCUUGAGGCACUUUCUCAGUCGUUAGAGGAGUGCCGGUCGAUCCUGAACCGGUUGUAUCCCAGCCAUGAUGUCCAAUCUCUCCUGCCACUCUCGCGGCACGAGCUACUGGAGCUUCUCGAUCGCCCUUUCGUUGACACAUCCCUCCACGGGCUUCCAUCGCCACCCCUCACAUCACCAACCCUGAACGGCGAGCUCGAUUCACCAAUAUGUUCCACCUCGGGCGAAAGCCUGUCCACGCUGGAGCAGCUGCCCGGCCGAGACGCCGAGUGGGAUGAGGAGCGCAGAGGUAGGGAGCCGAUCCCAGUGGAAGCGGACGACGUCAACGCACUCUCCCUCUCCGUUGACCGGCAAACCUCAUACCUGGGCGCCUCAUCCAUCAAGGCUGCGUUGAUGGUCAUGCUCAAGGUCCAGCCUCAACUUCGGAAUGCUCUAGCCGCACCCCUCAAUACCUCCGAGAUCCCACACAGCUUCCCUGCAGCUCGAACCAAGUCAUCCACGCCCAAGGACCCACAAAGAAUCCCAUGGUCAUGGAAAGGCCAGACCCUGAUCGACGCCUACUUCAAGAGAAUCCAUGUAUUCAUCCCAAUGCUUGACGAGACAUCCUUCCGGGCCGACUAUCUGGAGGGCCAGCGAUUCGACGUACCCUGGUUGGCUCUUGUCAACAUGGUUUUCGCCAUGGGAAGCAUCGUAGCGAUGAAGUCGGAUGACUACAACCAUGUCAACUACUACAACCGGGCAAUGGAGUUCCUACCACUGGACGCUUUCGGCAGCAGCCACAUCGAAACUGUGCAGGCACUUGCCUUGAUUGGUGGCUACUACCUGCACUACAUCAACAGGCCAAACAUGGCCAAUGCUGUUCUCGGAGGCACCAUCCGGAUGGCAAGCGCUCUUGGCCUCCACAGAGAGAGCCUGGCCCAGAGCACCAGCGACGUGUCGGCCGCAGAGACCCGGAGACGCACAUGGUGGAGCCUGUUCUGCUUGGACACAUGGGCGACCACGACAAUGGGACGGCCUUCGUUCGGACGUUGGGGAUCAGCAAUCAACAUCCGCGCCCCCGAGUUUGGCAUCAACUCUUGCCGUGACUCUUCACAGCACGCAGGCAUCCUGCCACUGAUCGAGAACAUCAAGUUCUGCAAGAUUGCCACCGCCAUCCAGGACACGCUGGCCGUGGCACCCCUAGUCUCAACCGAGGACCGCCACAGCCUCGACGGCCAGUUGGUCAACUGGUACAGCAGCCUACCGUGGCUCCUACGGACCACUGACCCCUGUGCCGAGCCGCUCUACAUUGCCCGCUGCAUCAUGAAGUGGCGAUACCAGAAUCUCCGCAUGCUCCUCCACCGCCCGGUGCUCCUCAGCCUCGCCAGCGCCAAUGCGCAGGAGGCGACCGACGUGGACAUCGCGGCGGUCGAGACAUGCCGGGAGCUCGCCAAGCAUACCAUCGACGACAUUGCGCGGGAGUGGACGCGCAACCAGAUGCAGGGAUGGAACGCGGCAUGGUUCCUCUACCAGGCGGCCAUGGUGCCCCUCGUGUCCGUGUUCUGGCAGUGGAACAGCCCGCGCGUGCCCGAGUGGAACAAGCAAAUCGAGACGGUCAUCGAGCUGCUUGACGCCAUGGAGGACUGGUCACUGACGGCACGACGCAGCCGCGAGGUCGUCUGGCGCAUGUACGAGGCCAGCCGCACCAUCGCACACACACGGUCCGAGGCCGCUGCGGCGGCGCCCUUGACACCGGGCUCGCUGCACAGCCUGGCCAUCAACACGGACAUGACGGCGCUGCUGGCCGGCUCCCCCGGCUCUGAGCUGCACAUGUCGCCCAUCGGUCUGGGGCCGGACGGCAUCCCCAUCAUGGACAUGCUUGACCAGCACGGCAUGCUCAUGGACCACGAGGGCAUGUACUGGGGCCAAGCCGACGACAUGAGCCUCGACCCGUACUCGACCGUUCACGAUGGCGGGAUGGGCCUGGGCGCCCCACAACAGCAGCCCAUCGACUACAGCAUGCUCACGGGGGCUGGCGGACACCACCACCCCGGCUCGCUGGACGGCGGCUAUCCCUUUGUGCACUGA